AUGAAAAUAUCUUUAAUUAUUUUUCUAAAAUUAUUUUUAUUACUUUAUAUAUCAUUAUCAAUUUAUGGUACAAGAUUUGAAUAUAAUAAUAAUGAAUGGGAUAAUGAUAGUGAAGAUCAAAAAAUUGAUGGUAAUAUUUUACAUAAUAUGUUUCAUGAUUCAAAUACAAUAUUAUCACUUGAAUUAGAUAUUUUUAAAGAUAUUAUAUAUAAUUUUAUAAAUGCAACAGAAAGUGUUAAGAAUGGAGAUGAUGAUUCUAUUUUUAAGAUACUUGAUUUGUUACAACCAAUUAAAAAUUUAGAUAUUUCACCUAAUUGUGUUGCAGAUAUUUUUUAUUACGGUUAUAUUACUACACAAUACGCACGAAUGGUUAAUGAAAAAAAAACUUGCAAUGAUUGCAAUUGCAAAGCAAAUGUCUCUAAGUAUUUUGAUGAAUAUGAAUGGAUUUUUGAUGUUGUUGAUGCAAUGGGAAAAGUGCCUUCAGCUGUUAUGUCAGGAAAUAAUUUAUGGAUAGGAUCAUGGCAUACAUGUAGAAAAAUUGAUGUAAUUAAAAAUCAAAAUCAAAAAUGGAAAGGACAAUAUUGUAAAUUACAAUUUCAACCAUAUAAUAGAAAUAAUCCACUCACACAAAUGGCAACCUCUGAAAUACCAGAUCCAACAUUAACAUGUAUUAAAGAAAAAAAUUUAACAGAACCACCAAAAUGGUCAAAAUGGGAUAAUGAAUGUUUUACAAUGUUACCAUUACUUAAUUUUGGUAUAUGUGUUCCAGAUACUUGUACAGAAUAUGAUAUAAAAUCAAUAUUAAAAUUUUUUUAUGAAAAAAUUGAAUCAUUAUCAGGUUCAAAAUUAAUAUGUAAUGUUAAUGUUACAUGUUCAAGUGAAAAAGCUGAAAAUAGUAUUAUAUUUGAUAGAACAUCAAUGUAUGUUAUAUAUUUUUUAACUGCAAUUUUUGGUACAAUAAUAUUUGGAACAUUUUAUGAUAUUUAUGUUCAUCAACCAUCAAUUAAUAUUAAUGGACAAUCAAAUAUUGAUAGUAUAUUUAUACAUAUACUUUUAGCAUUUUCUAUAUAUAGUAAUGGAAAAUAUGUAUUAGCAAAAAAUAAAAUAACUGAUCAAAUAGAUUGUCUUCAUGGUGCCAGAGUUCUUUCAAUGAUGUGGAUUAUACUUGGACAUACAUAUUGGUACAUAUGUACAUCAUUAACUGCUGAUAAUGUAUUACAAACACUUAAAAAUUUUCCUAAAAUAUUUCAUAAUCAAAUAAUAAUUCAAGCACCAUUAGCUGUUGAUUCAUUUUUUCUAUUAUCUGGUAUGUUAACAUCAUAUCUUUUUUUUAAAAAAGUUAUGGCACCAAAAUUAGAUAAUGAUGGUAAUAUAAUAAUGAAACAUUCAAUUAAUGUUAAAAAAAUAUCAUUUUGGGUAAUAUUUUAUUUACGAAGAUAUAUAAGAUUAACACCAGUAUAUAUUGUUGUUAUAAUAUUAAAUAUAACAGUAUUUACACAUUUAUCUAAUGGUCCAUUUUGGCGACCAAUUGAAUUAAAUUAUUGUCGUAAAUCAUGGUGGACAAAUUUAAUUUAUAUGAAUAAUUUUUUAUUACAAGAUGUUGAACAAUGUAUGGGAUGGUCAUGGUAUUUAGCUAAUGAUUUUCAAUUAUAUAUUAUUUCACCAAUAUAUAUGUUAUUAUUAAAUUAUAAUGAAAAAAUUGGUAUUAUUGGAUGUUGUGGAACAAUAAUUAUUUCAUCAAUAUAUAGAUUAAUUAUAACAUUAAUAAAAGGAUAUCCACCAGGACCUAUAUUAACAACAAAACUUCAAAUUGUUCGUUUAAUAGAUGAAUUCUGGACAAAUGUUUAUGUUAAACCAUAUGCCAGAUGUGGUCCAUAUAUGAUUGGUAUAAUGGUUGGAUAUUUUCUUUAUAAAUAUAAAUUAAAAUAUACAAUGCCAAAAUGGAAACUUUACCUUUUAUGGAGUAUAUCAACAAUAAUGGGUUUUUAUUCAGUAUUUGGUAUGUAUCCAUACUCAUCAACAGGAGAAAUAACCAAAUUUCAUUUAAUAUUUUAUACACUUUUUGGUGGUCCAAUGUUUUCAUUAAGUUUAGGUUGGGUAAUAUUUGCAUGUUCAACUGGUAAUGGUGGUUUAGUUAAAAAAAUUUUAGGAUGGAAAGCAUUUGUUCCAUUAAGUAAAUUGACCUUUUGUACAUACCUAAUGCAUCCCAUUAUUCUUCAACUAUACAAUUUUAGUAGACCACAUCCAUUUCAUUUUACAUCAACAUUUCAAAUGUUAACAUUAUUUUCAGUUGCAGCAACAGCAUCCUACUUUGUGGCAUUCUUUAUAGCAUGUGCAUUUGAAUUUCCUGUAACUUAUUUAGAUAAAUUAAUCUUCGAGAAAAUGCAUCCAAAAAAAGCAGAUGUUUUGAUACAUAAUGAGGUAAAAAAUAAUGGUAUUUUAUUAUCAAAAGAAGAUAGACUUCAAACUAUUUAA